CUAUAUAACCCUCAUCCUAUACACUCCUUGUUCUCCCCCAACACACAAUUGCAAUUGACUCUUUUUUUUUUCAUCUACCUUAAACCUCCAAAAUUGAUCUAAGAUGGCUGAGUGGAGCAGAGAGCAGGAGAAAGCAUUUGAAAAUGCCAUUGCAAGUUAUGCUGAAGAUGAUCCAUAUCGAUGGGAGAAGAUUGCGGCUGCUGUACCAGGGAAAGCAAUCAAAGAAGUUAAACAUCAUUAUCUGAUCUUGCUUGAUGAUGUUUUGAAUAUUGAAUCUGGUCUUGUACCUCCACCAGAUUAUGAUUCAUUUUCACAGGGCUCAAAAAGUCAUGCUUCAAGAUCUGAUAAUCAGGAACGACGAAAGGGUACUCCUUGGACUGAGGAUGAACACAAGCAGUUUCUUCUUGGGUUGGAAAAGUUUGGAAAAGGUGACUGGAGAAGCAUAUCAAGGCACUUCGUGGUGACAAGAACAGCCACACAAGUUGCAAGCCAUGCACAAAAAUACUUCCUUCGUUUGAAUUCGACUUCUAAUAAAAAGCGAUCCAGCAUACAUGAUAUCACCAUUGACAACAAUGAAGGCACUUCAGCAGCACCUCAAGGACCAAUUACUGGUCAGAAAAAUCCUUGACAUAGGACAUCAUGAAUGAAUUAAUGUUGGUUAUGUAGGCAUUUAAAUUAUUAGUUUAAGUUAUAACUAGCCUGUUAGGUAGUGGAAGGUUCUGUAUUGUUAAGUAGUUUUGAUUGUAUUUUGUUU